AUGGUUUCGGCUGACCAGAUACGCACCGCCGUUGGGAUCAUCGGCAAUGCCAUCUCUUUUGUCCUCUUUCUAUCACCCAUGCCAACAUUUUUUCGAAUAUGUAAGAACAAAUCUGUGGAGCAUUUCUCUGUAGUUCCUUACGUUGCGACGUUGCUCAACUGUAUGCUUUGGGUAUUAUAUGGUUUGCCCUUUGUGAAACCUAACAGCACGUUAAUAAUAACCAUUAAUGGAGCCGGCAUUGUGAUAGAGCUCAUCUAUAUUUUUAUCUAUCUCCUCUACUCGGACGGGUCGAGACGGAUCAAAGCCCUUCUACUUCUCAUCACAGACAUCACCUUCAUUGCUGUCGUUGCUGCUAUUGUCCUUUCUGUUUUCAAAUCACAUGAGCGAAGAAUACUUAUUGUUGGUAUUCUAUGUAUCAUUUUCUGCAUCAUGAUGUAUGCCUCGCCUCUCUCUAUUAUGAAAAGGGUGAUAAGAACAAAGAGUGUGGAGUACAUGCCUCUGUAUCUCUCAAUUGCUUACUUCUUUAAUGGGCUUUGUUGGACUACUUACUCACUCAUCCAUCUUGACGUGAACCUCACGAUUCCAAAUGCAAUUGGGCUAUUAUUUGCUAUAGCUCAAUUGCUCCUACAUGCAAUUUACAAUAAAUCAACAAAACGGCAGUCGAAUGAAGGGAAGAGCGAAGUUACUCUCUCUGAGGUGAACAUUACCAAUUAAAAUGUCUACAGUCCA